UUCGUUGUUGGUUUGGAAACGAAUAUAAUACAAGGGAAGGAGGCCAGACGUUGAAAUAGGUGAGGGGCUGGGCACUGGGCAGAGAAGCUCGUCCUGGGCAGGUCUUGACAAAGGAAAGUUGCUGGGUUCUAGAAACGUCCCAAAUCCGCGUUCUCAGUUGCCUGUCUUCUAAUGCACUGGAGCUCCAGAUUGCACAUGGACAUUGGAAGGCCUGUACCGGUGACUACGUGAGAGGGGCAUGCAGCAGAGCUUUAUUGUGCAACAUUUUUGCAGGCAAGGCUGGGGGGUCUCACGCGCAGGCAACACCACGAGGACGGAAGAGUGUUGGGGGUGGUCGAGUGGUUGGGGGUUUAGGGGGCGAUAAGUGGGCUGGUUAGAUAUCGUGAAUUAGGAACUGGCCCCCUCGUCCUGAAAAUCGUGGGGCAUAAAGAGUGUGCGAAGACGCCCAAUCUUACAACCGGAGCCAAUGAGGAGAAAGCCGAGAGGGGCGACGCGCGUAGAUACGGAGUCUUCGCAGAGAACGUAGGAGUCCAAAUGAAGCGUUAGUGCACUGCAGAAAGUGACCAGCUACCUGACGUUUUCCCACAGACGUUCCUAGGCUGGGGCAACUAGAGAGAUGCGGAAGUUGAGGAAGGGGGUGGCGCGAAAGGAGGGUGCUGACAUGGCUAAUGUGGAAGGCCUGAGGCGGUCUAGUAGACUCAAACGGAAGGCCGAGCACGUUCUGGAUGGCGGUGAUCCUGUGGCAGCUCCAGGGGCGAAUGCGAGUUCCCCACGCGAGAGAAAGCGGGGGAAGCGCUGCUCACUCUCAUCGCAGCAGGAGAAGGUGCCAGACCAAAUAGACGCAGCCGCAUCAGGAGCGAGAGCCGCCAGGGUGAGGCAAAUGACGAAGCAAGCUUCUGGAGGAUUGAGGGGGAGACGUGGAAGGGGUGCGAGUUCGUCAGAUGGACUGGGAACCAGCGGGACUGGGGGGGAUGGAAAGGAGAAAGGUGCGGACGAACUUGCACCGGAGGUUGAGGGGGGCGAGCUACCUGCAGGGGACACGGCUGUGUCUGACAUCGUUGCUGCCAAAGAAGGGCUGCGAUGGAAUCAGGGAGACUUCGAACGCCUAACGGCUGCUAAACAUCAUGGCAAUGACAGGGCUAGCCAAAACAAGUCAGGCGCGGGAGACGAGGGGGAGAGAGCAGAGAAGGGGCCAGAGGAGGGGACAGAUAAGGCGCCCAUAACGACUCCACCAGGAGAAUGCCUUCCCAAGCUGGUCGAGUCCAGGACCUCCGAAGGGGGCGUGGAUUUGCAGCUUGAUGCUACCCCCCCUUCCAGCGCCGCACGUCUCGCCGCGGCGUUGGAAGGCUUCUCCUACCGAGGGGUUUCAGGUACCCCCCCUCGGCGGCCAGCGCACUCUGACUGCUCUAGCGGGGGGGUCCGGAGCCGCUUGUCUAGGGGCCAACCGAGCGCUCAGAAACGCUCAGCUAAUUCAGCCAGGUUUCAGACUCCUUCAAAGUCAGGGGGAUCCCUCAGCACAGGGUUUCCGGUGGCGAGCCCAUCGGUCAGCUUCGAGGCGGGGCACAGCGCAAAUUCAUCCGCCGUGGGGGGCAGCGCGCCAGACCAGGACGGGGACUCGCACCGGCCCCCCCGGAAAGUCUCGAGACGGCGGCAGCGGGCGACAUUGAAAGUGAUAGCACAAGGAGAGAAAGUCAGGGAGACUGCGCUUGCGCUGAUUGCGGAGGGGAAGCGGGUGACUGCGGAAGAGAUACGGAAGUUGAUUCCGGAGGAAGCUGGGAAGAAGGGGACGGAGGGGCGAGGAGGGGGGGGCCCGAAGCGGCCGGCCGGAGUCGUGGACCCGGACUGGGUGCCGCCCGUGUCGCCCUACGGGCUGAUCCAAGAAGAGUUGUGGCGCACUCCCUGGAAGCUCCUGGUGGCGUGUCUGCUCCUGAAUGUGACAACUGGCGGCGCGAUGAGGCGCGUCAUUUGGGACCUCUUCAAACUGAUCCCAACCGCCGAAGCGGCAAUGGCGGCGGAUACUGACGCAAUUGGGAAAGUGAUUCAUUCGUUGGGGUUGCAAAACAAGCGCGCCGCCACGAUCCAGCGUUUCUCGCAGGAAUAUCUGGAACAUUUGAAGGAUCCGCUGGCCAAGCCCCUCGACAGGGUCCACGGCAUCGGCAAGUACGCGGCCGACGCACAUGCCAUCUUCUGCGAGGGCCGCUGGCAAGAAGUGGUCCCGCACGACCACAUGCUCAACCGCUACUGGGAGUGGAUGUGGGAGACGCAGGGCCAGGGGGCCGCGUUCAAACGGGAGGACGGAACCUGA